AUGGCUGCAGCGGCGGCGGCGUUUGCGCGAAUUCAUCCCCCCAGCAACAGUAGGUAGGCUACUGGGGCAAGCUGAAGCAGGCACUGGCAGACCACAGGCCUCAAAUGGAAAUCCUAAAUAGUGAAAAUACACCACCAAAAUUGUUCAAUGUUUCAGAAAGGUUUAGGAUAGGAUUUUUCCUGGCAAUAGCAUGCAGCAUCAGUUGGUUGGCAAUAGCAUGCAGCAUCAGUUGGUUGGCAAUGUAUGUGUGGCAUAAAUCAGCGUUGAUUAUUGGUUGGGACAAAUCCAUAAUCCUUAAAAACCCAACAGUCACAGUGCAAUCAUGACAUGGAAAUUCAACAUAUGACAAUUAUUUAGGUAAAUGUAUUGCAAAAGAAAAAUAAAUGGGCCCCACAAUUAAUUAAUUGCAGGAUUGUGGGAAUCAGUCAUUUGUCAGGUGUUGGUCUUCAGAUAAUCACAAAAGGAAAAAAAUCUAAAUAGGCCUAUAAUUUAUUUUAUUUUUUACAGAAUUUAUUUUCAAUGAAUACUGCUUUGCAAACUUUGUCCAUUAGUUUGACCAUGAUCAGGUAUAGUACCUAGUAGGGUAAUUUUGAUUCAAUACAAGUCUUUGAUCAAUAAACUCAGGACUCAGGAGAGAAAGAGAAAAAAACAUAACAAUGAUAAAUCAUUUGUAUGAAAGACUGUUUCUAGUUACAUAACUGUGACUGAACUUUUCUUUUCUUUUUUGGCAGGUUCCUCCUCUCCAACUCCUGCCCAGGACUCAGCCUGAGAGAGUCACAACUAAUCAAAGGCACUUGUAUGGAGAGAGAGAACGCUAUUGGCCUCUGAAGGGUUGGCCAGUUCUGACCAGUCCGCUGCUCUCUCUCCCUCUCUCUCUCCUUCUCUUCCUCUCUCCUUCUCUUCAUCGUUUCCUCUAGCUCUCACUCUGUUUAGGAAAAAAGGGGGUAAAUUCCUGUAGGCGACUUCACUCCAGGUUUCUGUGGGAUUUAAACAUGCGUGCGGAGGCUUUGGUGAACUCUAUGUUAGUUCCCUUGCUUCUUAUUCUGCUCACGGCUGUCGAGCAAAGUUUGUUACAAUCGCUGGGGUGAGUUUGAGUUUCACCAUGGCUUUCUUUUUGUCAUCAAGUUUAGUUUGGGGGUUCAUUCAGAGAGAGAGAGAGAGAGAGAGAGAAAGAGAGCGACGAGAAGAGCAGAGCUAGGAUCUAGAGUAGAUGAGAGAGCAGAGAGAGACGUGAGGAGUGAGAGAUCUCCUCUUCCGAGGAAGACUGUCUCUCUCUCUCCGAGACGAUCUCCUCCUCUCUCUUCUCGUCAUCUCUCUCUCUCUCUCUUCGCGUCUUCUCCUCUCUCUAUCCUCUCUCGAGCUCUCCUCUCUCUCUCUCUCGCCUCUCUCUCUCCUCUCUCUCUUCUCUCCUCGACUCUCUCUACCAGUCUCUAGAUUCGCUUCAUCUUCUCUGAUCUGAGGAGAAGAGAGCGAUGAGAGGGUGAGAUCUGCUGACUGGGUGAAAGUUUAGAAGUAGAGUAAAAGGUGCCGUUACAGUAGUGUACGUAAGUGUGGUUGGUAAAGUUUGUACUGUCAGAUUCUCUAUUAUUUUUUUAUUGGCACAUAAAAAAGUUGCUACCUCUGCACUGGGUAGGUGUUUUCAAUGGAUAUUAUGUGAUCUAAAAGUUUUUGUACAAACGUUACAUCAAUAGUGGAAAAGAAUAUCUAUGUCAUAUGAAUUGUAUCUGCACAGAAUGUUGAUGAAUUUUUUUUUCUUCACAUUCAGAGAUCAAGCUGCAUUUGCAGGAUAUGAAACCAUUCCCUUGAAAAUGUUAUCUGUUUUGAGUGCUUGGUUUGUGUUGUGUUGUAUCAUGCAUCUGCAUUUCUUAUGAUACUACACAAAACGAAACAAAAAUAGACAGUGAAAUAGUUGUCUGUUGUGAAUGUGGGAAACCACAUCUUCCUUUGCCUUGGCUUUGAAGGGGGGCCUGCAGUAAGUAUUGCCACAUGACAUUGCAGAGCAUAGUCUGUAAACUUGACUCAGCUGAGGAAAGAAGGGGGUGUUUACUCAAAAUAGGUGCACCAGGGGGCUAUGUGUAUGUGUGUGCGCGUGUGCAUGUGGCUAAUGUUGAGGCUGUGUAGGGUGUUUGUUGUAGUGUUAUGUGGUUGGGUGGUAGGCCCAAAAUCCACAGCACAUGUUAAUUGGGCAAUAUAGAGGCUUGACCCACACAUACUGUACCAUUACUGUAAAUGUGAAAGCUACUGUGAAGUCAAAGAGUAUUAACAGUGUGUUGUGGUAGCCCAUAGCUCAAAUGCAGGGUUUUGUUUUUUCUCCCUUGUUGGUUUGUGUUUGUUAAUGUGCCAUCAAACAUAUAUUUUCUUUUUUAUCAGAUAAGGUAUGCAUGCAUGAGUCCAUAAAGUGUGUAAUAAGCUGUUCUUUUAUCAAAUUGGGAGUGGCAGGAAUAUUUGAUCUUUGGGUUUUAUUCACCCUUUGGAAUAUUUCUGCCGUUCCUGAACAGGAAAGGCCUUAGCAUGUGAGGGCAGGAAUAGAAAGGAAUGUCAGAAAGCUAGACCAAAAUAAACAUAUCUCACUGAGAAAGCUCUGAGUGAGUGGGACAACAAAACAAAAGCUUUGAAAGAUCGCAUGUCUGGAGUUGCAGUCCAAGCAACGUGAAGUGGAUUUACUGUACAGUACAGAUGUAGGAUCUUAAUUUGAGCUACAGCAGGAAAAUAAUCCUGCAAUAAGAGGAAAUGUGAAUUAUUAUGUGGAUUAUAAUUAAUGGACAUUUUUGUAGGGGUUGAUAUAUUUUUUGUUAGGCAAAUCAAGUCUGGAAUUUCAAAGUGGAAAUUGCAAACUUUAGAAUCCUUUGAAAAACUCAAAUUCACUACAAGUUUGCAUUUCCUGCUUUGCAGGAAUACUCUCAGCAACAAAAGAUUGAUCAAAUUAAGAUCCUAUACUUUAUCUGUACAGUACGUUAUUUGCUUUGUUCUCAUUCUCCAUUCCAACCUGGGUUAAAUGUGGAAGACACAUUUUAGUUGAAUGCAUUCAGUUGUAUAACUCACUAGGUAUCCCCCUUUCCCUGUAACCUAUUUGAAAUGACUCGGGUCUCUGACUCUCUUUUCUGAACAAUGAACAUUGACAUACCUGUGUCUGUAGCCUGUAGGUUUCUACCCCAGCUCUAACCUCGGUCAUUAUCAGUUGAAUUACAUAACACAGUGAAACAUCAUGACUAGUGUCAAGGGUGCAAUGUGGCAACACCUUACCAUUAUCUUAUAUUGCACUGGUCAGCUGUUGUCAUAGGUUACCAGCCAUAGGAGGUAUUCCCGCCUUUAGAGUACAUUAGGUAUUGGUUAGUUCAUAGGUAUUCGUUAGUUCACAUUAUGCUUAAAAUAGGACUUAAAAUGGUAAUAGAAAUUACAUUACAAUGUGAGAGAAUCCAUUCAUUCGUGAGAUACUCCUACAGCAUUGCAGAGCUGAACUUUCAGGAGCCACAAAAGAUUUACAGUCAGAGAGAGAGGGAGAAGGUGUGUGAGAGAGGGGGAGAGAGAGGAAAAACAAGAGAGGGGAAGCGGCAUGGAGAGAGCGGAGGAGAGGAUAGGAAGAGAGAGAGAGUGAAAGAGACAGUCAGAAAAAAAGGGAAAGUGAGUCUGGUUAAAAUUAAAUUUGUAAAACUUCACACAGUCAUCCUUGCACAUAUAGACAAAUUACUUUUUCACAGGAAAUUAAAUAGACAGUGAGAAAGUGAGGGAAGAGAGAACAGAGGGAUUCCUGACUCUUGAGAUGGGGAUUGCUACCAGAGACCAGCACUGUUUACAAAGGAAACACUAUGCACAUUACUAUUCCCAAAAAGAAAAUGGAAAAAGCAAAAAGCAAAAAGCAAAAAGUAGGGAUGAGGAAAGGUAUAGCAUAGAUACAGAAUGUAGAGUGCCUUCAGAAAAUAUUCACACACCUUGACUUUUUAUGCAUUGUGUUGUGUUACAGCCUGAAUUUAAAAUGGAUUGAAUCUAGAUUUUUUUGUCACUGGCCUACACACAGCACCCCAUAAUGUCAAAGUGGAAUUAUGUUUUUCUACAUUUUUACAAAGUAAUUAAAAAUGAAAAGCUGAAAUGUCUUGAGUCAAUAAGUAUUCAACCCCUUUGUUAUGGCAAGCCUAAAUAAGUUCAGGAGUAAAAAUGAGCUUAACAAGACACAUAAUAAGUUGCAUGGACUCACUCUGUGUAAAAUAAUAGUGUUUAACAUAAUAUUUGUAUGACUAUCCCACAUAUACAAUUAUCUGUAAGGUCCCUCUGUCACAGCGACGUGUAUGCGGUAGGCGAAGUCAAGAGCAGGACACCGAGCUACUGGCAGAAACUUUACUGGAUUCAGUGCAACAAAACAAAGUACACUGGCAACCUCGAACAGCGAGGGAAAUAACAAGACCCGCACACAUAGGCAACUGCCGCGAAGACCAAAAACAAUAACCCACAAUACACAAUGAGAAACAGAGGGUUAUAAAGGGAACACAAUAAAACAUAAUGGGAAACAGGUGUAAAAAAUAAAGACCAAACAAGACAAACACCGAAACAUUGAUCGGCAGCAGCUAGUACUCCGGGGACGACGAACGCCGAAGCCUGCCCAAGCAAGGAGGAGGAGCAGCCUUGGCUGAAUCCGUGGCAAACACACUAAAGUAAUACUGCAAAAACAUGUGGCUAAACAAUGUACUUAUUGUCCUGAACAGUGGCGGCUCCUGAAAAAAUUCUCAGGGGGGGCAAUUUUUCUGAUGAUUUAGGUGACCUACACACAUUUUAAAAAAGAUAUGUCCAGCAACAACAUGAAGACAGGGGCAGCAUAUAAGUCAAUACUGAUAUACACAUUACUUGCUUCAAAAAGGCCUCAUGGUUGAAUUGGAAAUAUGUGCACCUGAGCAUAAUUCACAACAAGCAAGCAGGAGCUUUUGAUAGAGGCUACUAAAAACAUUGAUGCAAGUUAUUGGUAAUAAGACAUUUUUAUAGACUUCCAUAUUCUGCCCUUUUGUAUAGAUUUGUGAAAAUGAACAGUGAUAGACAUUUUGCCUGAAAACAGAAUUUGAAAAUAAUUUCUAGAAAAGGUAAACACAGCUAUCUGUAUGGCUUUGUAAAAAUGAACAACCAUAUUCUGGCCAAUUGUAUAGAUUUGUAAAUAUGAACAACCAUAUUCUGGCCAAUUGUAUAGAUUUGUAAAAAUGAACAUGAACAGAUUAUUAUUAUUUUUUUACUUUUUUUAAAAUGAAAAAUAACUAUUUUAAACAACAUCAACUGUGAACUGAUUUGGGCGUGUGUGUGUUAAAGAGACAGACAGGGAGGGACAAAGAGAGAGAGAGGCUACAUUACUUGUACUGAAACUGUUCUAGCUUGCUGCAUGAUCAAAUUCAGCUGAUGCGCAUAGCAAUGCACGUAAUGGGCAUUCUUGAAAUGCUCACGCACCUUUUGCUGCACACCAGCCUUCUCUCCCCUCAUCACACUGGCUCCAUCGUAAGCUUGCGCAAUGAGUUUGACUUUCUCGUCGUCGGCAAAAAGACAGUUCAGUCUCUCCAAAAGCACACUGGCGAUUGAGACUGAGGUUGAUUCCGAGAUGGGAAGGAACUCAAAAAAGCGCUCCUGCACUUUGUGGUUGCUAUCUAUGUACCUCAGCACAAGCACCAGCUGUGUCUGUGUAGAAACGUUCGUGGUCUCGUCAGCUUGGAUAGCUACGAAGUUCGCCGACUUCACCUCCUCCACAAUAUGUUCCCUCAUGACCGCUAGCAUACACUCCAGUAGCUCGUUUUGAAUGGUCUUUGAUGUGCCCUUGAAAACUUUAGCAUUUUUAAGAUGGUCAUCAAACACCUCAUCUAAUUGUGCCACAAAGUUGACAAGUCCAAGAAAAAUACCAGGGUUGGUGGAGCCCUCAGUUUCAUCUUUGCCUCGCAAAGCUAGCCAUCUUGACAGUAGUACGUGAAUUGAUUGACGCUGCUACCCGCUCUUUUCUUAGUUAUGUUCAUGGUUACUUAUGUUACGUAUGACGAAAGCGCGUAAGUGCAAGCCCUCCCGGAACCCAUAGAGAUUGUAUUGAAAGCUCUGAUAUUUGAAAAAAAAAAGAUUUUACAUGAGAGUCUAUGAGAGACUCCUGGGCGAUUUUCAACCUGACUGAAAUCGCCCCAAAAGGGGCGGGGCCAUUUGAAGCACGACUUUAGCCUGAUUGGAUAUUUAGUGGCAGAUCAGACGUCUAGAUUAGAACACUGAUAACUACUGUUGCCGUGAUAUAAUUGAUUAGAAAAAAAAUCCCUUCCUUUUCCCGUUUGGCAGUGCGUCGCCCAUAUCGCCCUAAUGAACACACCGCCCCUGGUCCUGAAUACAAAGUUUUAUAUUGGGGGCAAAUCCAAUACAACACAUUACUGAGUACCACUUUCCAUAUUUUCAAGCAUAGUGGUGUCUGCAAGGAGCAGGUUUUCAUCAAGGAUCUCUCUGUACUUUGCUCCGGUCAUCUUUCUCUCGAUCCUGACUAGUCUCUGAGUCCCUGCCGCUGAAAAACAUCUCCACAGCACGAUGCUGCCACCACAAUGCUUCACUGUAGGGAUGGUGCCAGGUUUCCUCCAGACGUGAUGCUUGGCAUUCAGGCCAAAGAGUUGAAUCUUGGUUUAAUCAGACCAGAGAAUCUUGUUUCUCAUGGUCUAAGAAUCUUUAGGUGCCUUUUGGCAAACUCCAAGCGGGUUGUCAUGUGCCUUUUACUGAGGAGUGGCUUCCGUCUGGCCACUCUACCAUAAAGGCCUGAUUGGUGGAGUGCUGCAGAGAUGGUUGUCCUUCUGGAAGGUUCUCCCAUCUCUACAGAGGAUCUCUAGAGCUCUGUCAGAGUGACCAUUGGGUUCUUGGUCACCUCCCUAUAGCAGCUUCCCACAAGCAUUGUAAUUUUGAAUUCCGUAAAGUGAGAGUGGAAGAAGUGAAAAGAUUAUUGUUGUCUAUCAACAAUGACAAGCCACCAGAGUCUGACAACUUGGAUGGAAAAUUACUGAGGAUAAUAACGGACGAUAUUGCCAAUCCUACUAGAAAGUGUGUACCCUCAGGCCUUGUCACGCACGUUGACUGAUGACUCGUGGAACCAAGGCGCAGCGUGAUAAGCGUACAUCUUUAUUGAUACACAACACACGAACAAAACAACAAAACGAAACGAUACGUGAAGUCCUGAGGUUACACACACCAAACCUUUACGGAUCAAGAUCCCACAAACUAACUGGUGCCAACAGGCUGCCUAAGUAUGGUCCCCAAUCAGAGACAACGAGCUACAGCUGCCUCUGAUUGGGAACCACCCUGGCCAACAUAGAUCUAAACGAUCUAGAACAAAAAACAUAGAAAACUAAACAUAGAAAAAUCCACACCCUGGCUCAACAUUUAAGAGUCCCCAGAGCCAGGGCGUGACAGUACCCCCCCCCCAAAGGCGCGGACUGCAACCGCGCCACACAAACACAAGAGGGUAGGGGCCGGGUGGGCAUUCCGCCUCGGAGGCGGAUCCGGCUCCGGGCGUGACCACCACCUUUUCUCCACCUCCCCGUUGCGCCCCUGGUCUGGUCCCGCUGGCUGGAGCUGGACCCGACGACGGUGGACCAAACCUUACCGGCUCCGGACUGGAGCCGCUGGCCGGAGCUGGACUGGACACCGGUGGAGCGGAUUGCUCUGGCUCCGGAGUGGAUCCGCUGACUGGAGUUGGACCUGACCCCGGUGGAGCGGAUUGCUCUGACUCCGGAGUGGAGCAGCUGACCGGUGCCGGACCAGGCACCGGUGGAACAGGCACGGGCCGUGCCGGACUGGACACACGCACCACUGGCUUGGCGCGGGGAGCAGGCACGGGCCGGACCGGGCUGACGACGCGCACCACUGGCUUGGUGCGGGGAGCAGGAACGGGCCGGACCGGGCUGACGACGCGCACCACAGGCUUGGUGCGGGGAGCAGGUACAGGCCGGACCGGGCUGGCGACGCGCACCACUGGCUUGGUGCGGGGACCAGGAACGGGCCGGACCGGGCUGACGACGCGCACCACAGGCUUGGUGCGGGGAGCAGGUACAGGCCGGACCGGGCUGGCGACGCGCACCACUGGCUUGGUGCGGGGACCAGGAACGGGCCGGACCGGGCUGACGACGCGCACCACUGGCUUGGUGCGGGGUGCAGGAACGGGCCGGACCGGGCUGAUGACGCGCACCACUGGCUUGGUGCGGGGACCAGGAACGGGCCGGACCGGGCUGACGACGCACACCACAGGCUUGGUGCGGGGAGCAGGAACAGGCCGGAACGAUACAGAUACAAUGCUAUUUUACUGUAAACAAAUUGACAACAGACUUUCAGCACGCUUAUAGGGAAGGACAUUCAACAAGCACAGCACUUACACAAAUGACUGAUGAUUGGCUGAGAUAAAACAAUGUAAUCAAUUGUAGAAUAAGUCUAUAACGUAACAAAAUGUGGAAGAAACACAAAAUGUUUUUCAAGAUGGCCCCGGAGGGGAUGGCUGCCGUUUUAUGGACUCUUAACCAACCUGUUCUAUUUUGUGUGUUUUUUUCACAUUGUUUGUAACUUAUUUUGUACAUAAUGUUGCUGCUACCGUAUCUUAUGACCGAAAAGAGUUUCUGGACAUCAGAACAGCGAUUACUCACCUUGAACUGGACAAACAAUUUUUCUUUCAUGAGUCUGACGAGAGGGAUUUGCUCCAGACACCCGACAGGGCCCUCAUCCCCGCAGUAGAAAGAAAAGGAGAUAUCGCGGAAGGAUAUCGGGGUGCUUGGUAAGGAGCCGGCGACGAGUGGCUAAUCUGCCUUUUCCAUCGAUACUAUUGGCCAACUUACAAUCGCUUGAUAAUAAAGUGGACAAACUACAGGCACGAAUAUCCUUCCAACGGGACAUUAAAAACUGUAAUAUCUUAUGUUUCACCGAGUCGUGGCUGAACAAAGACAUGAAUAACAUACAGCUGGCGGGUUAUACACUGUAUCGACAGGAUAGAACAGCAGCCAAGGGGUGGCGGUGUAUGUAUAUUUGUAAACAACAGCUGGUGCACAAUAUCUAAGGAAGUCUCAAGGUUUUGCUCGCCUAAGGUAGAGUAUCUCAUGAUAAGCUCUAGACCACACUAUCUACCAAGACAGUUUUCAUCUACAGUGAGGUAAAAAAGUAUUUGAUCCCCUGCUGAUUUUGUACGUUAUCUCCCGAGUGACGCAGUGGUCUAAGGCACUGCAUCGCAGUGCUAGCUGUGCCACUAGAGAUCCUGGUUCGAAUCCAGGCUCUGUCGUAGCCGGCAGCGACCGGGAGACCCAUGGGGCGGCGCACAAUUGGCCCAGCGUCGUCCAGGGUAGGGGAGGGAAUGGCCGGCAGGGGAUGUAGCUCAGUUGGUAGAGCAUGGCGUUUGCAACGCCAGGGUUGUGGGUUCGAUAAAAUAAUGUAUGUGCUAACUGUAAGUCGCUCUGGAUAAGAGCGUCUGCUAAAUGACUAAAAUGUAAUGUAAAUGUAAAUGUAAAAUGUAACUGACAAAGAAAUGAUCAGUCUAUAAUUUUAAUGGUAGGUUUAUUUGAACAGUGAGAGACAGAAUAACAACAAAAAAAUCCAGAAAAACGCAUGUAAAAAAUGUUAUAAAUUGAUUUGCAUUUUAAUGAGGCCGCAGGCCCAGACGGAUUAACAGGACGUGUACUCCAAGCAUGCAGUGACCAACUGGCAAGUGACUUCACUGAAACAUGCAUGAGAGCAUCAGCUGUUCCGGACGGCUGUGUGAUCACACUCUCCGUAGCCGAUGUGAGUAAGACCUUUAAACAGGUCAACAUCCACAAGACGGAUUACCAAGACGUGUACUCCGAGCAUGCGCUGACCAACUGGCAAGUGUCUUCACUGACAUUUUCAACCUCUCCCUGUCUGAGUCUGUAAUACCAAGAUGUUUCAAGCAGACCAUCAUAGUCCCUUUGCCCAAGAUCACGAAGGUAACCUGCCUAAAUGACUGCCGACCCGUAGCACUCACGUCUGUAGCCAUGAAGUGCUUUGAAAAGCUGGUCAUGGCUCACAUCAACACCAUCUUCCCAGAAACCCUAGACCCACUCCAAUUUGCAUACCGCCCCAAUAGAUCCACAGAUGAUGCAAUCUCUAUUGUGCUCCACACUGCCCUUUCACACCUGGACAAAUGGAACACCUAUGUGAGAAUGCUAUUCAUUGACUACAGCUCAGCGUUCAACACCAUAGUGCCCUCAAAGCUCAUCACUAAGCUAAGGACCCUGGGACUAAACACCUCCCUCUGCAACUGGAUCCUGGACUUCCUGACGGGCCGCCCCCAGGUGGUAAGGGUAGGUAAAAACAUAUCCACCAUGCUGAUCCUCAACACGGGGGCCCCUCAGGGGUGCGUACUUAGUGCCCUCAUGUACUCCCUGUUCACUCAUGACUGCAUGGCCAGGCACGACUCCAACACCUUCAUUAAGUUUGCCGAUGACACAACAGUGGUAGGCCUGAUCACCACAACGAUGAGACAACCUAUAGGGAGGAGGUCAGAGACCUGGCCGUGUGAUGCCAGGACAACAACCUCUCCCUCAACGUGAUCAAGACAAAGGAGAUGAUUGUGGACUACAGGAAAAAGAAGAGGACCGAGCACGCCCCCAUUCUCAUCGACGGGGCUGUAGUGGAGCAGGUUGAGAGCUUCAAGUUCCUUGGUGUCCACAUCACCAACAAACUAACAUGGUCCAAGCACACCAAGACAGUUGUGAAGAGGGCACGACAAAGCCUAUUCCCCCUCAGGAGACUGAAAAGAUUUGGCAUGGGUCCUCAGAUCCUCAAAACGUUCUACAGCUGCACCAUCGAGAGCAUCCUGACUGGUUGCAUCACUGCCUGUAAUGGCAACUGCUCGGCCUCCGAACGCAAGGCAUUACAGAGGGUGGUGCAUACGGCCCAGUACAUCACUGGGGCCAAGCUUCCUGCCUUCCAGGACCUCUAUACCAGGCGGUGUCAGAGGAAGGCCCUAAAAAUGGUCAAAGACUCCAGCCAUCCUAGUCAUAGACUGUUCUCUCUGCUACCGCACGGCAAGCGGUACCGGAGCGCCAAGUCUAGGUCCAAGAGGCUUCUAAACAGCUUCUUCCCCCAAGCCAUAAGACUCCUGAACAUCUAAUUAAAUGGCUACCCAGACUAUUUGCAUUACCCUCCCCCUCCCCCCUUCUUUUACGCUGCUGUUACGCUCUGUUUAUUAUCUAUGCAUAGUCACUUUACUAACUCUACCUACAUGUACAUAUUACCUCAAUUACCUUGACUAAUUGGUGCCCCCGCACAUUGACUUGGUACCGGUACGCCCUGUAUAUAGCCUCGCUAUUGUUAUUUUUAAUGCUGCUCUUUAAUUAUUUGUUACUUAUAUUUCGUAUUAUUUUAUAUUGUAUUUCUUUGUGAUUUUUUUGGUAUUUUUUCUUAAAACUGUAUUGUUGGUUAAGAGUUUGUAAGUAAGCAUUUCACUGUAAGGUCUACACCUGUUGUAUUCGGCACAUGUGACAAAUAAAAGUUUAUUUGAUUUGAAAAAGUUAAGGGGUCAAUACUUUCCGAAUGCACUGUAUAUAUAACACAGGAAAAUCACUGGGCGUUUUGGCUUUCAGAAGAUCCAGGCAAAGAAGUAUAGGCCAUGACUUUUAAAAGUAAAAAAUGUACAGUAUAUGCCAUGACUUUUUGUAGAUUGAAUGUUUUAAAAUAGUGGUACAGUCUGGGGAAAUGUAGUAAGAUGGCGUUCACGGCACCCAGGGGCCAAAUUUGUGGUCACUCCAUAUCUAAAUCUUUUUAGGGUACAUGAAUCUACCUCAUGUCAUAUUUGUUGUUUAUCUCAAAAUAGGCCUUCUGAACAGAUAAAUAGUGCUACCAUCAGCAGCCAUUUUGUAAGAUGGUCGCCACGGACGCCAGGGGCCAAAUCUGGGGUGGCUUCAUAUCUAAAUCUUUUCAUGGUACAUGAAUCUACAUCUCUUCCAAAUGUGAUGCUUUUAUCAAAACGUGAACAAUUUAUCAGCUUAACUGCCCCACAAUAGGGCAUUGGGGAUGGGGUUGAAUCCCAGUUCUAGGCAAUCAUUUUGUACUUUUAGUUUUUCUGUUUCUAACCCUAUCCCAAACCUAAACCCUAACCUUAACGCAUACACAUUCCAUAAUCUAUGGACGGCACCACAGACGGCCCCACACGCCAUAAUUAAAAGGGCCAGCCAUGCCAUCUCUCUAUUGCUGCAGUUAUGGCUUUUUCUUUGGAGAUUGUGUUGAUAAUAAUAUACAUAAAAUAUACAUAAAAUAUGUGAUCUUUGGCUAUAGAAAUAUAAAAAGCUCAUCCUCUUGUCUUCCCAGGCAGGUGUGUACGCUGUCUGCUGAGUCGUCCCAGCGGCGGUGCAAGACCCCUGAUGGCCUUAUCUGCAGCGGUAGGGGAGAGUGUGACUGCGGGGCUUGCAUAUGCCAGGUCACAGAGCCAGGGAACUACUAUGGGCCACGCUGUGAAUGCCAUGACUGGGUCUGUGCUACAUAUGACGGGAAGACCUGUGGAGGUAAGGGAUACAGCGAUACAGAAGCACUCACUUCGUCAGCAGGGUGUAUGGUUCCUCUCAAGGGUUCUCUCUCCUACAGUUUUUCUUUGUGACUGUUGCUCCCUCUUUUGGUUGGUUGAUUGAUUGAAUUGUAAUUCAGCAUAUUUUCUAAAAAAAAUACUGUAGGUAACCAUAGUAUUCACAGUACAAGGACAUGUACUCUCACAGUUUGAAAAAGUGCAGCAGACCAGUAACGGUUUUAACAUAUCAGCGCUAUACGUUUUGACCCAGCUGGGUCUUCCAUACAUAAGAUAUCUCUCAGAUAGCAAACAUUCUGGAAAGCUCUUUGGUUUGACUCAGCCUGACUGACAUUAUCAUCGCUUUAGCAGCCAAUGCCAGGUGUGUGAGAAGAAUAGCUAGGCCUCAUCAAGGAGUCACAAAAUAAAUCAUCCUCCAGGUUUUAUGAAGGCCUUUGAUGUUCCCAGAGCCUUUCAUUGUAGGGGAGAGUUUAGCCAUUUUUUACAUUCAGCAUCACACUGUCAAGGGAAUUAUUUCAGGAUGUUGUGAAUCCCUGGAAAUAAUCAGAAUUAACAUAAAAAUGACAGUUUUGAAAACAUACACUACAUGACCAAAAGCAUGUGGACACAUGCUCGUCGAACAUCUCAUUCCAAAAUCAUGGGCAUUAAUAUGGAGUUGGUCCCCCUUUUGCUGCUAUACCAGCCUCCACUCUUCUGGGAAGGCUUUCCACUAGAUGUUGGAACAUUGCUGCGGGACUUGCUUCCAUUCAGCCGCAAGAGCAUUAGUGAGGUCAGGCACUGAUGUUGGGCGAGUAGGCCUGGCUCGCAGUCGGUGUUCCAAUUCAUCCCAAAGGUGCUCGAUGUGGUUGAGGUCAGGGCUCUGUGCAGGCCAGUCAAGUUCUUCCACACCGAUCUUGACAAACCAUUUCUGUAUGUACUCGCUUUGUGCACGGGGGCAUUGUCAUACUGAAACAGGAAAGGGCCUUCCCCAAACUGUUGCCACAAAGUUGGAAGCACUGAAUCAUCUAGAAUAUAAUUGUAUGCUGUAGCGUUAGGGUUUCCCUUCACUGGAACUAAGGGGCCUUGCCCAAACCAUGAAAAACAGCCCCAGACCAUUAUUGCUCCUCCACCAAAGUUUACAAUUGACACUAUCCAUUCGGGCAGGUAGCGUUCUCCUGGCAUCCACCAAACCUAGAAUGGUCCGUUGGACUGCCAGAUGGUGAAGCAUGAUUCAUCACCCCAGAGAAGGCGUUUCCACUGCUCCAGAGUCCAAUGGCGGCAAGCUUUACACCUCUCCAGCCGACGCUUGGCAUUGUCCAUGGUGAUCUUAGGCUUGUGUGCGGCUGCUCGGCCAUGGAAACCCAUUUCAUGAAGCUCGCGACAAACAGUUAUUGUGCUGACGUUGCUUCCAGAGGCAGUUUGGAACUCGGUAGUGAGUGUUGCAAUCGAGGACAGACACAUUUUUUUCAGCACUCAGCAGUCCCAUUCUGUGAGCUUGUGUGGUCUACCACUUCGCAGCUAAGCCGUUGUUUCUCCUAGACGUUUCCACUUCACAAUAACAGCACUUACAGUUGACCGGGACAGCUCUAGCAGGGCAGAAAUUUGAUGAACUGACUUGUUGGAGGCAGGACGCAGAUGCAGGAAUUAACAAGGUCAAGGUUUACUAAACAAUGAAAAAUAACAAAGAUAGCGUAAACGACAUGAAGCUUAACAAUCACACACAACAUCAUACAGAACAGUCCAGGGCUAAAUAGGGGUGGUGAUGAGAUGAUGAGGUGCAGGUGCGCUGGAGGUGAUUAGGUUGCGUUGGGUUUCCAUUCCGGUGUUGCCGAGGUGGUGCGCUCAGACCGGUGGCUCAGUAGAUCGGCGAAUCAGAGCGCCGGAGGGGCUCCAGCCGCUGGACGUCACCGGCCAGGAGGACAACACCGAGGACGAGGAGCGGGCCUGUCAUGGCGGCGAUGGUGGAAGUCCCGAAUUAGGUUGGGGUCCAGAACGUCCCCAGCCGGAACACAGCUCCUCCACUCAGGACCAUACCCCUCCCAGUCCACCAGGUAAUGGAGCCGUCCCCCAUGGAACCUGGAGUCCAGCAGGUCCCUCACUGCAUACACCGGACUCCCGUCAAUGUCCAGGGGCGGAGGAGGCGUACCCCGGGGGACGGCAUCUGCCAGAGGACCAGGAACCACCUGCCUGAGGAGAGACACAUGAAAAGUGGGUGAGACACGGUAGCGAGGGGGAAGGAGCAGCUGGUAUCAUACCUCAUUUAUCCGCCGGAGGACCUUAAACGGCCCAACAAACCGGGGGCUCAGUUUCUUGCAGGGCAGGCGGAAAGGGAGGUUUUUUGUGGACAGCCAGACACGAUCCCCAGGCUGGAAUACAGGGGCCUCACUGUGGUGGCGGUCGGCUUGGUCCUUCUGCCGACGAAUGGCCCUCUGGAGAUGGACAUGGGUGGCGUCCCAGACAUGUCCGGCCCUGUGGAACCACUCGUCGACAGCGGGCGCAUCGGUCUGGCUGGGUGUCCAAGGGGCCAGGGCCGGCUGGUACUCCAGGACGCACUGGAAGGGAGUGAGCCCCGUGGAGGAGUGAACGGGGGAGUUCUGGGCAUAUUCUGCCCAGGGAAGAAACCUCGCCCACUCACCCUGCCGGUCCUGACAGUGGCAACGAAGAAACCUCCCCAGCUCCUGGUUCAUGUGCUCCACCUGCCCAUUCGAAUGAGGUCUAUUCCCGGAAGUGAGGCUGGCCGUGGCCCCGAUCUUCUCCAGGAAAGCCUUCCACACUCGGGAGGUGAAUUGGGGGCCACAGUCCGAGACGAUGUCCUCCGGAAGUCCAUAAUGCUGGAAGACCUGUUGGAACAGGACCUCAGCGACAUGGAGAGCAGAAGGAAGACCAGUCCCUGAUGAUCCGGAAUCUAUCAUUGCGGUAGAAAUGGAAGAGAAGGAAUAACCAGUCACCGUUAUGGGAACUAAAAACAAUGGUUUUGUGAUAGGAGCUGACAUAACACUCACGGAGCGGCGACGGGAGUCAUACCGCCUAGAUAGGGAGCCGCCAGGAGAUCUGUGGUAGUGUAGGGGGAGCUGCCCACCUCCAUGGGUGAGGACUCGGAAGCAGGGCGGCUUCCAAUGCUCAGAUGGGGUGAGCGUCGAGGCUCCGGGAGGUGUUGGGAACGUCGUCUCUCUCUCAACAUGUCAUCAAGAUGGAUGGACGUGGUGAUGAGGGUAUCAAGGUCCAUCUCGUCGUCCCGACAUGUGAGUUCCAUCUUGAUGUCCUCCCGUAAGCCUCUCCUGAUGGCCGUGCGCAGAUCACGCUCAUUCCAGCCGGAAGACGCUGCCACCGUGCGAAAGCUCAGAGCCUACUCGGACGCGGGCCCCUCUCUCUGUUGUAGAUGGAGGAGACACUCACCCCCGUCCUUUCCCUCCGUGGGAUGAUCAAACACCACCCUGAACCGAGCGAGGAAGGUGGGGUAGGGAAGCGCCACUGCCUCCUCUCUUUCCCAGACUGCCGUGGCCCAAUCCAGCACCUUUCCUUUAAGUAGAGAAAUCACCAUCCUGGCUUGGUCAGAUGGAUAUGCCCCAGGCUGACGCUCCAAAUAAAGUGAAACCUGUAGCAGGAAGCUGCUACAUUUAGUAGUUUUACUGUCAUAGCGCUCCGGUAGGGAGAGGGUUCCCGCAGAAGUGGGUGAUAGCACAGGGGGCACUCGCCGCUCCCUGAGGUGGAACCGGAGCGCUGGGCAGAUUAUGCAGAGUUUGGAGCACUUCCUGCAUGGCGGCGUUCAACUGGGCAAGCUGUUGCUGGUGCUGGUCGAGGCACUGGGAAACUCCUGCUGCAUCCAUUUUCGUUUGGUGUGUGAUUCUGUGACGAGUACUGAGUAUACGAAGAGGCAGGACGCAGACGCAGGAAUUAACAAGGUCAAGGUUUACUUAACAAUGAGAAAGAGAAAUAACAAAGAUAGAGUAAACGACACGAAGCUUAACAAUCACACACAACAUCAUACAGAACAGUCCAGGGCUAAAUAGGGGUGGUGAUGAGGUGCAGGUGCGCUGGAGGUGAUUAUGGUGCGUUGGGUUUCCAUUCCGGUGUUGCCGAGGUGGUGCGCUCAGACCGGUGGCUCAGUAGACCGGUGAAUCAGAGUGCCGGAAGGGAGCCACGGGAGGAGACGUGACAAUAACAAACACUUUCAAAAAACAAAAUACACUUUUAACAUAGACCAGGCCCUGUUGUUACCUUAUAUCCCAGCUAUAAUGCCUUGCAUUACGCCUGGGAAGAAAACACUUACCCCAAGGCAAACAUUUUGACUAUAUUAGCCCACACAGCUACAAGGAUGCACUUAAUGCUAGGUUUAGGACCUCAUACUGAAGCUUAUAGAGACCCCAACUGAUGUAUAGAAAAAUCUUUAAAUCAUGAAACCUCUAAUACAAUAAAUGAAUUUGACUUGGUCAGUUUUUUGGACCUAACUUGCUUACCACUUUUUCCAUAUGGUUUCUUCCUUCACAGACUCCAUGAAAUGAUAACCUCUUCCUAAAUAUUUUGAUCAAAUGACUAAUUUUGUGUAUGGUUUCUUGGAAACAAGGGUAGCUCAUCUUACCCCUUUCGCUCAACUUCCAUCAGCGUCUGGAAGCUCAUUUAAAUUUGACAGCCAUGAAUCUCAAUAGAGAUCGAGCAGUACAUUUUCAAAGUGUAGUCAUUUGGUCUUACCGGUCGCUGCUUUAUCGGUACAGAAUCAGAAUGCUCUGGCCUUAUUAUUUCUAGAACACACAUCAGACAGGUAGAAAUCAUACAUUUUGGAAUAGACAGCUGGCCAUCCACUUGCGUCAUGGUGGCGUUAGCUUCUGUUAGAUAGCCAGUCUGCUUUUGAAGUUGGGCGGCCGUUUAGUUGACAUUUUGGUAAUUGUUUUGUUCUCAAAUCCAUGGAGUUGGUUUGAGCUUGAGUGCACACCUCUCUAGCAUCAAAUAUAUCCACUCUUUCCCUCGCCCUCUUCAGUCUCUUGUGGUUAUUGGCAUUUCUCCUUGAACUACUAAAUACAUUUGGAGUGCUGACAUCCAGUCAUGGACUACAAUAAUCAUGGCUCUGGGCGUAAUUAAAUAAAUUGAUUUGGAAAAAUAAAACAACUCAAGUUCGAGAGUCUCUCUUGUGGAAAAAACCCGAAAAUAGUUUUGUCUUUGCAGGGGAAUGGAUGUUAAGUGACUGCCAAUCAAAUUUGAUUAUUUUAGCUGUAUUGGGGUUCAUAUUCAUUCCUGUUUCCUCUAAUUAAGUGGAAGGGAAGCACUUCAUGCAUUGUUUGUUAAAAUUUCUGCAGGCACUUCAAACAUCUGAACAUUUAACUUGUUAUAUUACCAGAUAGCAACUGCUGUAUAGUCGCCAAACAUUCCAUUACCUGAACACCUGAUACAAAUUAUCCUGAAACAUGCUGCAAUUGUUCUUCUUGAAACCAGUGGAACUAAAUCAAAACAUUCACACUGAUGAGUACCAUAGUAACAGCUACUUUACUAUCCAGUUUCAUGACCUUGAAAGUAAUAAAUAUGCUGGUGGACAUAUUUUUUGGUGAAGGGAAAAUAAGCCACUUCCAGUCUUGUCAGAGUCUUGAACAGGCUAAUGGAGUGUGUGUAUGUGUGCGUGGGUGUGCGUGUGAGCUCCUUCAGGAGAGUGUGUGUUAGUAUAUGUGUGUGUGUGCACCAAUGGAGGCUCCUCAGAGAAGGAAGGGGGGGGGGACCAUCCUCUUCAGUGAAUUUCCAAAAAAUUAAAAUAGUGAAACAUUAAAAAAGUUUUUUUAGAUAAAACUAUAUAAAAUAUAUUCACCAGUGGAGGCUGCUGAGUGGAGGACGGCUCAUAAUAAUGGCUGGAACCGAGCUAAUGGAAUAGCAUCAAACACAUAGAAACCAUGUGUUUGAUGUACUUGAUACCAUUCCACUUAUUCCACUCUAGCCAUUACCACGAGCCCGUCCUCCCCAAUUAAGGUGCCACCAACCUCCUGUGAUAUUCACGUCACCAAAUACUUUAUUAAAGCACACUGUUUUGCAAUUAAGGUAUACAGUAGCCUUAACAGCACUCUCUGAGGUAGCACUAUGGUGUAGCCAGAGGACAGCUAGUUCCCGUCCUCCUCUGGGUACAUUGACUUCAAUACAAAACCUAGGAGGCACAUGGUUCUCACCCCCUUCCAUAGACUUACACAGUAAUUAUGACGACUUCCGAAGGACGUCCUCCAACCUAUCAGAGCUCUUGCAGUAUGAACUGACAUGUUGUCCAGCCAAUCAAAGGAUCAGAUAAUUAAUCUCAUACUGAAAGCAUAAGCUACAUUUAGCUAGCCCUGGAGUGCAUAAAAUGUGGUGAGUAGCUGACUCAAAGAGAGGGAAAGACAAUAGUUGAACAGUUUUGAACACAUUCAUUUCUUCAAAAAUAAAGGAGAAACAAGAGAGAGUGAGAGAGAGAGAGCUAGCUAUAUUUAGUAAUUUUUUUUUCACUUUCACUUACUUAGCUAGCGAAUGCAGCUAACUAGUUUAGCCUACUCAAACACCCAGCUCAAACAGAGAGGGAUUCUAUGUUAGCUAGCUGGCUAAGGCUAUCCAACACUGGAACUCAUGGUAAGCUUUAGGUUUUAUUAAUUUAUUGCCACCGGGGCCCGCCGGUGUAACUGCUAAACCGCUUGCUGUACACUGUACUGCAUGAUUGUUGUGGGUUUACUAACACGUUAGAUCUAGUAGCUAUGUUGACUAUGAUGUUAGCCAAUAUGGUGAGAACGAUGUAGGCUGUGUGUAUCGAUUAGCGGUUAUGGUAUGAAGGUUUGGCUUGGAAAGGUCACAGACAGCUGUUGUGUUGUGCGCUGAAGUCCACAAGUGAAGGGAAAAGGAGGAGGGCGUGUAGAUGAGAGAAGGAAUUAUACAACAAGCAAAGUCAUAAAGUCAACUGUGUGUGCGGGUGAUCAGGGGUGUAUUGAUUCUGCUGAUUCUGUUGAAAAAUGUUUCUUAAACGCAAGCAAACAGAACGAAAUGGGGAUAAAUAUACCAGUUUGCAACUGUUUGGACUAAUGAUUACACCCUAGAUCAGCUAAAUGCAGGCAAGAGUCUGCAAGGCAUUAUUGAAUGUGUUACUGUCUGUCACCUUGAUUACUCAAAUUUGUCUCUUGAACUGUGCACCUACAUUGUAAACUUUCAUUCGUAGUCUAGGUUGUAGCAACCUCAUGAUGGGCAUAGGGAAAUUUUGAGUAUCAUGUAGUAGCUUGAACCUAUCGAUGUUACAUUGAGUUGGGUGAAUGCAAUAUAAAUGACAGUCAUCCAGUAUGAUGUAAUAGAAAUAAAGUCAUGUUCCUAAAAACAAAAUUGUCCUCCCUAAUCUUAAACGGAACCGACCGCCACUGGUGUGCACCUGCAUGCUUGCUUGUGUGUGAUGGGGAGAGUGAUUUAUUUGGGCAGACAGGUUGGGAGCUGGUGAGGAGCUCAUUAUGGUUCACGUUUCCGGAGAGUAAAGGCUCUGCCUCAGCCUGAUAAUGGGGUUUCACUCACCCAUACACACACUGCAAAAUGGGCCAAUGUCUGGAAUUAGACUUUUUCACACACAUAUACACACACACACACACACACACUUGCAUAUUCAUCCACAUGUGUGUAACUGCCUACAACCACGCUCACAUGUCAAUAUUAUUCAAAACAGUAAGAAGACGAACAAAUUGAGCAUUUCUCUCUCACUACAAUGCAUUUGCCAUAUUCUCUCUCCGCUGUUCUGUGCCCAGCAUCCAUGCUCUUCUGCCUGUGGCUCCCUUAUCUCUGAUUCUCCCAACUGCCCCCAGAUAAGAUUCUAUGGAUUUUCCUCCUUAGGGCUAAACUAUGGGUUUUCCUCCUCCAAACACAUUAGCUGGGCUGACAUUGAACUUGAGCUUUUCCUUUGGAUGCUAUUCAUCAGCGACACAUGGCCUAGAUAUACCACUAGCCAAAGCAACAAGUAGCGACUGUAGCGACUCACUGUUGAAGUUUUCUGAGAAUGAAUUGGCUUAAAUCCGCAAGAGAUGUUCAUUAGCAAGAUACAUGUAUGUUUUGCAUAUUGAAAUAGCUGUUUGUCACUGCAAAAUGUCUGAUCAUGUGACAUUUCUUAAAAGAUUGAGAGUUUGCGAUCUCAAUCCACCUGGCGGCUUGAUUCACAUUAAGUCCUUAUCUCUUCUGUCCAUCUGUUGUGCAAAUAGAAAGACACAACGUGCAUAGUUUUUGUUGAUAACAGUAAGGCAUGGCAUGCUUUUGAAUAGUAUGACGGUAGUCUAAUUUAAUAUCAUUAUUACAAAGAGGUAACAGAGUUCACUCAGAGGUUGCAGAUUCCUAAUUUUCCCUGAAAUCCCCCGGGCUACAUAAUUCUGUCUGCAAAAAGGGCCCAUUUAAAUCUGGUGGGCACUCUGCCGAGCUCUCCCAGGAUCAUGUGUGAGUCCUAAAUGUCACCCUAUUCCGUAUAAAUUGCCAUUACUGGGGGGAAAUAUGCUACUGCAGCCUUUGGGCCUCCUUUCCAUUUUCCUUAGCACAGAUAAUGGUCUACAGUUUGUUGGUCAUAUGUGUUUUUUAGUUGUGCAGUUGUACAUAAAAGUUUACACAAAAGUCCAGCUAUAGAAUACCAUCUGGGUUUUCCUCGAGACUUGCCCAGUAAGUAGAGUAGUAUUUGGGGCGUAAAGUUUGAAUAUUCCUGGCCACUUCAGUCCCCUGCUUUUACACAGUAGACAGCAGUUCAGUUUUUAUAAUGUUUCUGUUGCGGUCCAGUGCAGCUGGGUUUAGUCUUGUAAGCAGAAAAGUAUUGGUUCAAAAAUGAUUGACCAAACAGCAUCUCUACAUAUUUUGUGUGCUCUAAUUUCUAAAUCCCAAACCCUCUAGACAGAAUUUUUGAGUUGGUACAUUCACGGUGAUGACAUUUAGCAACAGGCAACAGCCGUUCAACAGCUGUGCAGGACUUACCUGUUAUUUGACUCAGUGUUUUGUUUUUGUCUUGGUUUGUCCCUGGUCAACCUUGUAUAUUUCUGUCUAUUGGCUUAAUACAAUCACAAAAGAAAAACAACAGUAUUAAACAACAUAAAAUAGGAGAGUAUGCCAUAAAUAAUGUCAUAUUUAGUGAUGCAUUGUAUGUAAACAGCCACAACUUCAAAUAACUUUUACCAUUGUUGGUGUAGUAACCUUUAAUUGGUGCACAAUUAAAACAUUUUAUUCCUUUGGUAUAAUGUGUUUUUGUUCUAAACUUGGUCCUCCUAGAUUUAUGGAGACUCGACGUGGCAAUGUUUCCAUUCCUUUCACAGUUUUUUUUUUUCUUAUUUUCCCUCACAGGAUUAUUCCGUUUUUAAAUGAGCCAUGUGAAAUCCCUGGCUCUCUCUCUCUCUCUCUCUCUCUCUCUCUCUCUCUCUCUCUCUCUCUCUCUCUCUCACAUCUGACCCUCCUCUGUGAUGCCUAAUCUUUUCCACUGUCAGACACACUAAGUAAGACCUGGGGCGCAACAGGUUACUAGCAGCCCGUUCAAGGUGAUCUGAAUGUGAAUUAUGUGCAAAGCUCAUUCUUGAAGUAAUCAUCGGAUGAGGCUAGCGAGUGAAAUGUUGUUUGAAGAUGUUAAAAACGUUGCAAAUUGUUGUAGGUAGGUCAACCUUCCCAUCAAGAUCAAGGUGUUUUGCAAUGCUGCAUAAACAGAUGCAGUGAGUGAACUCCAUGACUUCCUUACUGAAGAAAGGUUUUCACCUUGGCAGAUGAUAAUGGUAUUUCGGUCUUGCAAGUAGCGAUAUAUUGUCGAUAUAUUAUAAUGCACUUUUAGUGUAAGAGCUGUUUGAAAAGACCGCCUGAAAUUUCAGCCUGUUUUGCAGGGAUGGAGUUUUGGCCUGCCUGGUGACAUCACCAGGUGGCAAAUUAGUUAAUAGACCAAUAAGAGAGUUCUAAACCUCUCUGCCAAUAACAGCUAGUUUUCAGUUUUCCCCUCCCCAGUCCUAACAAAAUUAUUGCUUGAGAAAUUGCUCUUGCUAAGAAGCUAUUUUUGUUUCUUUUUGACAAUUGUAAUUUAAAACAAUCACAGUAAGGUAAUUACCCAGUAAUUGUUACCCCAAAAAAUUAAUUUUGCACGGGAAAAUUAAUUAUCUAACAGGUCAGAUCCUCUCAACCCUUUUGGUACGCCAACUCUCCUUCUCUUCCCCCAGAGGACCUUGAGCAAAAAGCUAAAUGUCUCUCCAGACCGGAAGAAUCUGUAACUUUAUGAUUUGUGUGGAUUUUAUCAUCUCUUUUCUGCUGAUUGACUGCCCUUGCUGUGCUCUGUCAGAACGGUCUAUAGAUAUGUGUUCAGUUCUAUCUCUCUCUCUGAAGGCUUUGGGGGUUCAGAGUCUCCUUCACUGUUCUGUUCCAGGCAGUCAUGCCUAUAGGCAGCCCUGCCACGGCACGAGGCGAUCCUACCCCAGGGAAGUUUAUGUAAUUCUGGGCUUGGCUUAAUCUGUAAUCCCCCCCCUGCCUGCCUCUGAGUAGUUCCAACUCCUUUGGACACAACAGUUGUGGGUGUCUGGCAGAUGCAUCAGCUUCGUCAAGUUGAGUACACGUCAGUGUGCUGUAAGAGAAAGGUUUCCCUACAUUCCCUGAAUGCAGGAAAGAGAGAGUUUCCAUGGCUCAGUUGAACUAGAAUCUUAAAUCCUCCAAACUUGAGGCAAACUAUUGUAGAAGAUAUUUUGGCAUUAUGGUCCACAACCCAGACGUCACAGGAAAGACGUAAUAUUCUGGUUGUUGUCUGGUUAGAUAACCAGAUUACAACCACAUAAAGACUUAUCUUAUUUGUUGCGGGAAAAUAACAUAUUUUUACAACCAGUAUACAACCUGACCGAGACGUCAUAAGGAUGCCAGUUUGCCCCCUAGGAAUGCUCUCCUCUGGCAUUUGAUGUCAUUGCAAUUGUUGAUGUUAUUGAAAAUGUCCACUCCCUUUGUCCACCAAUAGAACAGCACCCUUUGUCGACUAUGGAUUUACUGGCCUCUGAAUUUGCACCAAGGAUUCUACAGUACUGCGCUGUACUUAUUAUUAUACCUUAUUACCCUGUCCCUCAUUCUCCAUUUCUUUCCUUCCUGGUGUAUAUUUUGAUGUGCUCUAAUGCAGAUGUGAUGCACUGCACUCUGUGCUUGUAUGAUGACUCACCUAAUGGGUCCAGUGUGGCUAUGAAGGAGAGGAGAGAGCUGAUGUAUGUUCAGGUUUCUCAAAGAGUCACAAGGAGGUUUCACAUUAGACCGUUUCACCCUUGAAACACUGCAGCCAUGUGCCAGCGCAAUGAUCAUGAGUAAUACCGUGAUACUGUGGUGAUGUACACAAUUUUCGGGGACCCUUUUGGCUUUUUAGCGCUGUCAGAAUUACUGGCUGAAUUUUUUUAUUUUUAACUCUGCAUAAUCUCUUUAACUGUACCUGGCUGUUAUCCUUCUAUUAUAUACUUGGAUUCUAAUUAUCUUUCCAGCAGUUCAGAUUCGCAACAUUUUGUACAGUUCUGGAAAAUCAGUGGACAGUUAUUGCCCAUGGCAUCUAUGAAGAAGAAACAAACAUCACAAUGCGUCUUGAUCCCAUAGAAUUAGAAUGACUAACUUACUGUUCUUGUCAUUCUAAUUCGUGGUCUAUCUAUGGCUCUGGUCUCUUUCUCAGUCUUCUGCGGCUCUAUAAGGAUGAAUUAUUACUUGAGACGUGUCUCCUUCCUCUCUCGCUUAAGAACACGACCUGACGUGCAGCCGUUUCACGCUCCGCAUCACAGAUGAAAAGAGAGCAAUCAUGGAAUAAUUACUUGCCGAAAUUGUUCUGUGUUUAAUAUGGAUAGUGAGUUAAACAAAUUGAAUGGAAAAAUGCCAUUAGACUAUAAAACCUGGGAACCAAGCAGUAAAUGAACACAGAAGAUAAUCAAACAUUUUUCCUAAUUUGAACCAGGUUUUCAGCUAGACAGGGUUGGGUUCAAAGAUUAUGCGCUGGGGUCCUCAGCGUUUUUGUAUAAUAGUCUUGAAUUAAAUGAAAUGGUAUUUGUCACAUGCUUCAUAAACAACAGGUGUAGACUAACAGUGAAAUGCUUACUUGUGGAGGUUGAAUUAACUUAAACUAGUUUGAGAUUCUUAAUUACAGUCCUGUUCUCUCUUUUUAGCUAAUUUCAUGAGCAAUUUAAACGUUACGUAUCCCUGUGUUUAUAUAUUGUUGAAAUCCACUCCAUAUACAGCUGGAUGUGUCAUGGUAAAGUCCAAUGAGUAGCUCAUAACAAGAAUGACACAUCACCAUCUUUGUCCAUUUCUUGCUGAACAGUCAGGGUAGGUUAUAUCACUCAAGAUUGCUUCAUUAUUAUCUUCAACUGUGUUUCAAACAAGCACUUUGUUGUUCACCUCUAUCUAAAUUAUAUAUCCGCCAUUUAAGUGGACAGGAAAGACGUGACUGGAAUAAAAACACUGAAAUUAGCCUCCUGAAUGACUCAUUGCUUCUCUCCCCAUCAACAGUUUAUCUGACGGUGAAUCACCUAUCUUUAACUCCCACAGCUGCUGGGCUUGAUAAAGUAUUUCCCAAGGCCUUAUUGGCUUAAUCUGUGUCUGCCGAGGCAUCAUUGGCUGGGUCUAUCUGUCAGAGUGUGUCAUUGGCUAAAUCUGUCUGUCAAUCAGUAAAGAAGGGUCUGGGCACCCUAAGGCUAAGGGUAUUUGCUACCAAGGAGAUAGGUCUAGAUAAACUGAGGAGGGACAGCAAGCUCUGCUAUCUUCUAGGCACCAGCCACACAGAGUGAUGAAAUGCACAAACCUCCCCAUGCAUCUGUUUAUCCUUCAAAAGUUCAACUAAUUUCAAGUUUUGACACUUCAAGUUUCCUCUGUCCUCCAUCAACAUAUGGGCCCCGUAGAAAAAAACAUUGACAUUUUUGGCUUGACAAUGACAGCAAUGAAGUUGGCAAGAGCACAAAAAGAUGUGGGAGUGGGCUAGUACUCAAUAAGUUGUUCUAACACUUCAAUAUACUAUAGUAAUAUGUACAGCUGUGAUGGUGGAACCCUCAGCCUGCCUGGGCUUGGCUAUGUGUCUUUCAGUUGAAGGUUAUUCAGAUGGACGCCAUAUUCUGGGGCUGGGUUGGUCUGUGAUGUGCUGACAGCUUUGAUGACAGCUUUAACACUCAGAGAAGCUAGUGUUGUUGAGAAUACAGCUGCUCUUCGGCUACCCACAGGACACAUUCUGUCCACAGCUACCCACUAUUGUUGUACUUCGUAAUAAUAUUAAUAAUAAUAAUAAUAAUAAUAUAGAUCUGGUUUACAUCUAGAUAACAAACAUUUCUCCAUACUUUUGGGUUGUUUUUCAGUUGUUUGAGUAAAUUACUUAUUUUUGAUUGCUACAUUGCCAAAAUACUUAGCAUUUAAGAUUAGUGCUGCAUUUUUUCCCUUUCUUCUAGGAAGGAUAGAAUAAAAUACAAGAGCACCAAAUCAGUAAAUACUUGAGCUUGAACUUGAGUUAUGUACUUAAACAAAAGCAACAAGGGGAUAGAAUGGAGACAUUUGAUUGUGGACAUUUCCACUUUUUACAAGGCAUUUUUAAGAUAAGGGUUUUGGAUAGAACAACACUACAUUAAAUGAAAUAACCUGGGUAUAAAAAGCCCCUCUGCAGUCUGGUGGGGCAGAUCAGUAAUGAGAGGAGCGUGAUGAGGACAAGGCCUAUUUUUAUGGCCUGAUGGAUAGCCCUUGAAGAGGACAUCACAUUUCCAUGAUGGAUGAGGCAGACGAAUGAUGGAGUAUGACACGCAAGGCCCCAGCAAAAUGCGACUAGAGCAACACUUAUAAUAACUUGUCAACAGACUUAAUUUGCAUUGUAUGAAUUCCCCCCUGUGUUCACCAUUGCUCACUUCAGCUAUUAGAAUAAUGAGUAAUGGUACACAGCCAAAGCAGUUUCACGAACCCUCAGAAUACCUAAAUGUUGUUUGGGCCCUCAAUUUCAGAGACGGAAAACAGAUAUACUUGAUUACAGCAAACAACCGCUAAUCUUCACCACUGAAAUGUGUUAUACAGAAGCUUAAAGUGAUUCAAACAAAUAUGGCUGUGAAACCACACAACAAAUAUGGUUUCAUACACAUUUAUUGGAAAAUAUGUUUUAACAUGAUGUAUCCAACUAGCACAUUUAGUUCCUUGGAAAUUGUGGAAGCGUACGUUUUUAGUUUCCCAUUGGUUCUGGGAACGAAGCCAUACGUUUCCUGACCGGUAAAACUGAACGUUUUUUUGUUUUGUUUUGAGGACUGAAGUGAACAUUUUGCCUGUUUUGGGCAAAGGUUCUGAGUCCUUUUUACUAUGGUUCCCUUGAGGUUUUAUCAAUGUUCUGAGAACGGAAAUUAUCGUUUUUUUGAAGGUAAUUAUAUAACUUUCCAAGAACAUGUUUCAAUAAGACUUUUAAUAGCACUGCUAGCAUGCCAUGUUUUUUUACUCACACAAAGCUGUUCAUUUUAGUCUAUUCAAACAGACCCCAUUUCAAAGGAAACAAGCACUCAUUAAGAUCACACUUAAUUAAUAAAAUAGAGCAGGGCUCUCCAACCCUGUUGCUGGAGCGCUACCGUCCUGUAGGUUUUCACUUCAACUAUAACGACAUAGGAUGAGACCCAGAUGCAGACACAGGAGGCAGAUGGUUAGAGUCUAUGAUAUUUAUUAAAAUACAAGGGGCAGGCAGGAGGCUGGUCGAGGACAGGCAGAAGUUCGUAAAACAGGUCUGAGUCCGAAAGGUACAGGGCGGCAGGCAGGCUCGAUGUCAGGGCAGGCUGAAUGGUAUGGCAGGCGGACUCAGUGUCAGGGCAGACAGAAAAGGUAAUAACUGGGAGAACUAGAAAAUAGGGACUAGGGUGCAGAACAACAAGCUGGUAGGCUUGACAAGACAAACAGGCAGACAGAAAACACUGGUAUAAAUACAUAGGGGAUAAUGGGAACAAAUGGGAGACACCUGGUGGGGGGGUGGAGACAAGACAGGUGAAACAGAUCAGGGUGUGACGCCAACCCUAAUUUAGCCCACCUGAUUCUAAUUAUUAGCUGGUUGAUAAGCUGAAUCAGGUUAGUUACAACUGGGGUUGGAGCAAAAACUUACAAGAGGGUAACUCUCCAAGAACAGGGUUGGAGUGCCCUGAGAUAGAGGAUAUAGAGUUUUGUUGAUGCUGAGAAACAAUGUAUAUGUUUUUAAAUAACAUUCUUAGAACGUUCUCUAAAUGUUACUAAAGUUUUUAUGGAAAGUUUUCUUAACGUUCUCUGAAAACAAUUAGAGAACAUGACUUUGAAUAGAACCACAAGAACCUGUAGGAAACGUUAUGCUGAAGUACUAAAAUUCCCACAGAAUAACUUUGUUUCUUAACGUUCUCUGAACUAUUUCAGAACAUUCCCAGUGUCAAACCCGUUGGAGAAUGUUCCUAGAACAUUACCAACAUUGACAUUAAAUGUAACCUUGUUUGAACUUUUAGGAAACAUUCUGUUAACUUAAAGUAAUGAAAUAGUAAUAAAAUAUAGUUUUUUUGUCAAGUUCCUUAAACGUGCGUAGAAUGUUCCAAAGCCAAGCAACUAUCCUGCACCAUUCCCAGAAAGUUGUGGCAAGGUUGUAUACAAAAUAACCAAAGGACAACCAAUCUCACAAAGCUCGCCAAACUCUAAGAAGCAUAUGGUUAUGUUAUGUGCUAUCUGGGUAUUUCUUCCCUUUUCAUAGUUGUCAUGUUUCCUAAUCUGCUGAAACAGGAAGAGAGAGUGAAUGGGGAAGAGAGAGGGAAAGAGUGUGAGAGAGAUAAAGAGAGAGAAAGGGAGAUCAAUGAGAGAGAGAAAGUGUGUGUGAGAGAGAGGACCUUAAGGCAACAGAACCCUUUUUGAUUAGGAAGAAUUAAAAUCCUUAUUUUUGUCUAUCAAUCAUGUCUGUAAUGGUGUCAGAGGCAGUUAAGACUAUUAUCCUGCUGGCCUUAUUACAACAGUUACUAAUCUAAUGUAGGUCUGCCUUUAGAGCAAGACGGCCUAGACCUGGGAGACUCUUUAAAAUGUGUCAUUCUACCUAAACCCUCUUCUCUCCCCACACUUUGUUUUAAGAUGUGACAUUUGAAUAAUAUUACAAUUAGAGGGAAUACUUUGCAGUAUAAAUCCUAAUCGUCAUGGCUUACUGGUGUAAUGUAUGUAAUAAGGACUAUUGCGUCCUCUGGUUAGUCAGAAGAGCUUUAGCAUCUUAGCAGAACUGAGGGGAUGCCAAGUGUCUCCCUUUCAGUUUACUGGCUAAUGCAAGGCUGUGUGUGUGUGUGUGUGUGUGUGUGUGCGCGUGUGCCUGCGUGCGAGCAACCACGUGUACACAUACAUGUGUAAUGUAUGAUUAUGUCUGUGCGCAGGUGAGUGUCUGUGCGUGUGAGAACUUCAAUGUGUACACUAUGUGCUGUGCCUUCAACAUCAGCUGAUCAAAAUGCUCCAUUGUCCGUAAAUGCUAUAACUUAGGCCUACACCUCUCACAGUGUUUGAUCUGACUGCUAUCUCCCUCCCCCUGUAGGCCAUGGUGUGUGUCACUGUGGGAAGUGUGAGUGUGAUGAGGACUGGUUCGGGGAGGCCUGCCAGUACCAGGAAGACUGUAACCUGACCAACAAGAAGAGCAAGAAGCUGUGCAGAAACCCACAGGGAGUAGUGUGCUCCAACGCAGGUAUACUGUACUAUGCCGUCACACCUUAACCUCUUUUAUAUUGACACAGGUAUCUCACCUUUCUCUUUCUCGCUAACAAAGGUAUGACACAUGCAUGAUUAUCUUUGUGUUGUCUCUGUAAUUCACUCUCUCUUAUGUAAGCACAGGUACACAACUAAAAUUACACAGACACAGGUGAAACAGCUGUGGCUUUGUCCCUAAUGGCACCCUAUUCACUAUAUAGUGCACUACUUUUGAGCCGAGCUCUAUGGGCAUGCAUGCACAUCUGAAGGCACAAGCAUAUUUUUUCAGACUGACCAUACCCACCUGUGGAUAACCCUAAUGAUCUUGCCUGUGACCGUGUGUGUGUCUGUGUGUCUGUGUUUUUGUGAAUACGUGUGUGGCCUGAUUGCAAGACUGAUCAGCAUGUGUGAAUGCAAAUCCGGUCACAGCAUGCUGUCACUCUGCCUUACGGCCCUAAAGCACAUGCACACACAAACACUGCACAGGCUUCCCAGCCUGAGGCCCCAACACACAUGUGGAGACACACAACCCCUCCUAAAGCACAUCUGCAAAACCAGCUGUGUACUCACCCCCUAAUGUGCAUCACAUCAAGACAGACAGACAGAUGAGACACACACACACACCACAGACACACACACACACACAGAUGUUUGUGUCUCUGACAGGCUCCUGUCACUGCGGCAGCUGCAUGUGUCACAACCCCGAUGGCAGGGGUCUGGUGACAGGACGUUUCUGUGAGUGUGACGACAGCGAAUGUCUGGACGAGGACACCGGAGAGGUGUGUGGAGGUACGCCCCUGAGCCUGUAUGUGGUGUGUGCGUGUAGGUAGCCACUAGAAUAUGUCCUCGAACAUCAAAACAUGCCAUUGUUUUCACUGAGACAGACUGUGUUAUCAUCAAAUUGUUUUCUCUGACCUGGUUUUGAAUAUCAUUUAAACAAAUCGCUGUACUGUUAUAGACCUAAUGCAGGAUUUGGGAAUGUUGUAUUUGAUGGAAACUGUCUCCAAUAUUGGCUGGGGUAAGCUCUCUUACUCCCACCCUGGUGGUGUUACUCUAGCUGGGAUUCAGUCAAUUGCAGAAAGUGGCUUAACAUUGCACGUUCAGAAGAAGCAGCAUCUUCCCUAUAUAGAGGGAGUUGACACUAGAUUUUGGAACUGGCAGUCCUGUGGUGUCACCCGUUUAGUUCUGAAAAGUAAUCCAAUCCACGCAACCAGGAGCAAGUGUCAACUCCCUCCAUCUGGGACAUGCUGUGCCUGUGCAAAUCAAACACACUUCUUUUUUUCAAAGUGGAAUUCCAUAUUCCUUUCAGACAGGUUAGAAAUAGAGGGGGAGACAAAGUCCAAAGGGUAGACACAGGGAUUGAACGACAGUCUCCGGUGGGAGACCACAGGCUUUGCAAAAUCAAAUGCAUUUCUGACAGUGCAAUCUGUAAAGCUUAAUUUGUGAAAAGGUUAACAGGAAGUUAAUUGAAGAUUGACCUAAUGCUGUCUGAAUCACUUUGUGGUGUUAGUAUACUUAUCCUAACGGUUCCUGAAGUUUUGGGAUCCACUGGUUGUCAACUUUAAUUAACCAUUUGCUAAUUUAAUUUGGAAUAAAUCACAUUAUGUUCUCUCCCCAUCAGUCCUUUGUGAGAGACAAAGUCAUUAAAUUGUUUCAGGGGAUUCAAAGCACAGAGCUUGACAGUGUCUGCAUCCCAAAUGGCACCCAAUUCAUUAUUUAUUUAUAUUUAUAGGUAAUAUGGUGCCUUUUGGGACGCACCCUGUGUCUGUAAUAACUGUAAUUAAAGGUGUACCUAAUCACCAGAAUAUACAGAAAUAUAAAAGUACUUCACCCCUUGACUUGUUUCACAUUUUGUUGUGUUACAGUCUGAAUUUGAUUAAAUUUAUAUUUUUGUCACUGGCCUACACACAAUACCCCAUAAUGUCAAAACGGAAAUCAGUUUUUCGAAAUUUUUACAAAGUUAAUUAAAAAUGAAAAGCUGAAAUGUCUUGAGUCAGUAAGUAUUCAACCCCUUUGUUAUGGCAAGCCUAAAUAAGUUCAGGAGUAAAACUGCUUAACAAGUUACAAAUACGUUGCAUGGACUCACUCUGUGUGCAAUAAUAGUGUUUAACAUAAUUUUUGAAUGACUACCUCAUCUCUGUACCCCACACAUACAAUUAUCUGUAAGGUCCCUCAGUCGAGCAGUGAAUUUGAAACACAGAUUCAACCACAAAGACCAGGGAGGUUUUCCAUUGCCUCGCAAAGAAGGUCACUUAUUGGUAGAUGGCUAAAAAUAAAAAAAGCAGACACUGAAUAUCCCUUUGAGCAUGGUGAAGUUAUUAAUUACACUUUGGAUGGUGUAUCAAUACACCCAUUCACUGCAAAGAUACAGGCGUCCUUCCUAACUCAGUUGCUGGAGAGGAAGGAAACCGCUCAGGGAUUUCACCAUGAGGCCAAUGGUGACUUUAUAAUACUUACCGAGUUUAAUGAUUGUGAUAGGAGAAAACUGAGGAUGGAUCAACAACAUUGUACCACUCUCCAUAUUUUCAAGCACAGUGGUGGCUGGAUCAUGUUAUGGGUCCAUAGCCGUGGGAAGAUGUUUGGGGGUCUGGGUGCUGCGUUUUUUUUGUUGCCUGCACUAAAGAGGGCUAUAUCGGUCUGCUAAUACCGGACUGGUAAAGGCACGGUACACUACUUUGGUGAGAAGAUUUUUUGGGGACAGAGCGUGAAGAAUUUUGAAAACAAUAAUAGGCAAAUGUUGUACAAUCCAGGUGUGGAAAGCUCUUAGAGACUUACCCAGAAAUAUUCACAGCUGUAAUCGCUGCCAAAGGUAGACUCAGGGGUGUGAAUACUUAUGUAAAUGAGAUACAGUAUGUCUGUAUUUCAUUUUCAAUACAUUUGCAAACAUUUCAAAAAACGUUUUCACUUUGUCAUUAUCGGGUACUGUCUAGAUGGGUGAGAAAAAAAAAAUAUUUAAUCCAUUUUGAAUUUAUGAAUAUGAAUACUUUCUGAAGGCACUGUAAAAGGGGACAACUUUCAUUCCUUUAUGUGGCUGUAAAAGUACCUUGUGUAAUUAUCCUCUGGGAGAAACCUACGUUGACAGAAAUGUUGAUUCGUUAACACUUUAUAAUAGUCCAGUAAUAAACCGUUUAUAAGGCAUAUAUAUAUAUAUAUAUAUAUAUAUAUAUAUAUAUAUAUAUAUAUAUGGUAACAGGUUUGUUGUUGUAUGCUAUGUAAAUGUGAAGACGUUUGUUCAUCUCUGUGUGACUGUUGUAUUCUGUUCUGCUUCCAGGCCACGGCCAGUGUUACUGUGGCAACUGUUACUGUGCGGCCGGUUGGCAUGGAGACAAAUGUGAAUUACAGUGUGACAUCAGCCCGUGGGAGAGCAAGCGGAGAUGCACGUCUCCGGAUGGCAAGAUCUGCAGCAACAGAGGUCGGUCCCUCUGUGUGAGAGAGAGAGAGAGAGAGAGAGAGAGAGAGAGAGAGUAUAGCUAGAGAAGAAGAGAGAGAGAGAAGAGGAAGAGAGAGAGAGAGAGAGAGAGAGAGAGCUAGGAUCGACUGCUCUCUCUCUCUCCCUCUAUCCUCUCUCUCUCGCCCUCUCUCUGCUCUUCGCUCUCUCUAUCUCGAUCUCUCUCAUCGCUUUCUUCUCGCUCCACUCUCGCUCUCCUCUCUCUAUAUCGAUCUAAUAUCUUAAAUAAAAUCUACAGUUGAUUUACCCUACUAGAAACCUACAGUUUCCCUCAGUCCAGUGUGUGUGUGUAUGUUACUUUCCUAUUUCAUUUACUUACUUCAGUAUAAAGCUUCAUUCUAAACUGACGUAGAAACAAGCCCUUAGUAAUAGAAACAUAUACAUUGAUAUAGUGGGGCCUUUUCAAGAUGCCACACAAUCAUCAUCAGAAAGGGAUCAAGGUAAAUAAGUGCUCAAAUCAGGUGCUCGCCUGAUCGCUGCAUCCUUAUUCCAAAGAAUAAGUGAUAUUUAUAACAGUGAAAAAUCACCUCUGUGUCACGGUUUCGGCCGAGGCUGCCUCUCUCCCUUGUUCGGGCAGGCUUCGGCGUUCGUUGUCUCCGGAAUACUAGCUGCCACCGUUGUAUGUUUCAUGUUCGUCUGCUUUUGUCUGUUUGUUGUGACACCUGUUCUCGUUUAGCGUAAUUAGUGUCCUAUAAGUUUCUCGUUGUGUUUGUCUAGUGUUGUGUGUUAUUGAUUUUGGUCUGUCGUGUGUUGGGCUUAUUUUCGCUAUUUCGCUCGGUUGAGCUUUCCUCCACUGCGUUGGAGUGUUACGCACCUGUUAGUGCGCUUUUUGUUUAUUCGCCUUCGUGCGUAAUUUUUGCCUUCGGGCAAGUCGUGUCAUAUUUUCCUGUUUGGAGAUUGACUAAAGUCUGUUGGACUAUCCUUCGGUUGUCUGCGUUUGAUUCCACCACUACACCCACCUACAGCACGCGUGACAGAAUAACACACCAUAAAUGGAAUCAGCAGGAGCCGCAGCAGCCCAGACGACGCUGGAGGACCAGGUCCGGGAACAACGGGACCAGAUCCUGCAGAUGGGGACCGCACUGCAGGAGGUGAUCACCACCAUCCGAGGCUGGGGAACGCCUCCACCGCCACCCUCCCUGCCAGCACCAUCGGCCAGUCCGCCCAUUCCCGCACCGGAACCCCGAGGAGUCCGACUCUCGCUCCCGAGGGCCUACGAUGGGACCGCGGCCGGGUGUCAGGGAUUCCUUCUCCAGGUGGAGCUGUACCUGGCCACCGUGCACCCGGCGCCCUCGGGACAUGAGAGCGUGUCCGCCCUGAUCUCCUGCCUUUCCGGGAAGGCAUUGGAAUGGGCCAACGCGGAGUGGAGGAGGAUCGACGCGGACACCAUCACGUACGACGAGUUCUCCCGCCGCUUCAGGGCGGUGUUUGACCAUACCCCGGAGGGGAAAGCGGCGGGGGAGCGUCUGGUCUUCCUCCGGCAGGGGAGGAGGAGUGCCCAGGAGUUCGCCCUCGAAUUCCGUACUCUAGCGGCAGAUGCAGGGUGGAAUGAUCGGGCUCUCGUCGAUCACUACAGAUGUAGUCUACGAGAGGACGUCCGUCGGGAGCUGGCCUGUAGGGACACCAGCCUCUCGUUCGACCAGUUGGUCGACAUGUCCAUCAGGCUGGAUAACCUGCUAGCUACCCGCGGACGUCCCGAGGGGGGUCCGUCCAUUUCACCCUCCAGCGCCUCCGAGCCGUGCCCCAUGGAGCUCGGGGGCGCUGGCGCUAGAGAGAGGAGGGGUCGGCUUACUAGGGGGUCCAUCUCCUGCACCAACUGUGGUCGGGGAGGACACACCGCGGCUAGGUGCUGGGGAUGGCCUCCUAGGGGAGAGGACGACAGGUCCCGCACUGGGGAUUCCUUCCAGGUGAGUAGGCGCCCCACUCACCCAGAGCUCUCUGUUGCACAUUUCUGUAUACCUGUGAGUUUUCCACAGGUAGCACCUCAUUCCCAGCAUAAGGCGCUGGUAGAUUCAGGCGCGGCUGGGAAUUUUGUUGAUAAGAAGUUUUGUUUAGCCUUAGGGAUUCCCCUUCUUCCUGUUGAUGUCCCUUUCCCCGUUCAUGCCCUAGAUAGCCGUCCGUUGGGUGCGGGCUUGAUCAGGGAGGUCACUGCGCCACUUAGGAUGUGUGCGCAGGGGGGUCAUCAGGAGAUGAUUCAGCUAUUUCUGAUUGACUCGCCUGCGUAUCCGGUGGUGCUGGGCAUGCCCUGGUUGAGUACCCAUAACCCAUUUAUUUCGUGGCAGGAGAGGGCUCUGAUGGAGUGGUCUGCCCAGUGUGUGGGUCGAUGUUUGGGCGUUUCCGUAGGGGCUACCUCGGUGGAGAGUCCAAACCAGGUGCCCGCAUUGCACGUUCCCCCUGAGUAUGGGGAUUUGGCCAUCGCGUUUAGUAAGUCGAGGGCGACGCGGUUGCCACCCCAUAGGCAGGGAGAUUGUGCGAUAGACCUCCAGGCAGGAGCUGCGCUCCCACGGAGCCAUGUGUAUCCUCUGUCUCAGGAGGAGAAGAAAGCUAUGGAGACUUACAUAGACGAAUCUCUGAGACAAGGAUACAUACGGCCUUCCACUUCCCCUGCGUCCUCGAGUUUCUUUUUUGUGAAGAAGAAGGAUGGGGGUUUACGCCCGUGCAUCGAUUACCGUGGUCUCAAUCAGAUCACGGUGAAGUACAGUUAUCCACUCCCGCUGAUUGCGACCAUGACUGAGUCCUUGCAUGGGGCGUGUUUCUUCACUAAAUUAGAUCUCAGGAGCGCGUACAACUUGGUGCGCAUCAGGGAGGGCGAUGAAUGGAAGACAGCCUUUAGUACCACCUCGGGGCAUUACGAGUAUCUUGUCAUGCCAUACGGGUUGAUGAACGCUCCGUCAGUUUUCCAAUCAUUCGUGGAUGAGAUCUUCAGGGACAUGCAGGGGCAGGGGGUCGUUGUGUACAUAGAUGACAUUCUCGUGUACUCGCCUACCCGUGUCGAGCAUGUGGCCCUGGUGCGCAGAGUGUUGCGGAGGCUGGUGGAGCACGACCUGUAUGUUAAGGCAGAGAAGUGUCUGUUUUUCCAGGAGUCGGUCUCCUUUUUGGGGUAUCAGUUGUCUGCGUCAGGGGUGAAGAUGGAGGUAGACCGGGUGUCAGCCGUGCGUAAUUGGCAAACACCAACCACUGUGAAGGAGGUGCAGCAGUUUUUGGGGUUUGUGAAUUACUACAGGAGGUUUAUCCGGGGUUUUGGACAGGUGGCAGCUCCCAUCACGUCUCUCUUGAAGGGGGGUCCGGUGCGUCUGCAGUGGUCUGCCGAGGCGGACAGGGCGUUUGGGAGGCUGAAGGACCUGUUUACCUCGGCUCCAGUGCUGGCGCAUCCGGAUCCCUCUUUACCAUUUCAGGUAGAGGUGGACGCGUCUGAGGCCGGUAUAGGAGCCGUGCUUUCACAACGGUCAGGCGCGCCACCUAAACUCCGCCCCUGUGCCUUUUAUUCCAAGAAGCUCAGUCCGGCGGAGCGAAACUAUGACGUAGGGGACAGGGAGCUGUUAGCCGUGGUACAGGCCCUAAAGGUGUGGAGGCACUGGCUUGAGGGGGCUCAACACCCUUUCCUCAUUUUGACGGACCACCGUAACCUGGAGUACAUCCGGGCAGCGAGGAGGCUAAACCCUCGGCAGGCUAGAUGGAAUAUGUUUUUGACCCGGUUUACAUUUAAGAUCACGUACAUCCCUGGGUCACAGAACGGUAAGGCAGAUGCGCUGUCUCGGCGGUAUGACACGGAGGAGAGGUCCGUGGAGCCCACUCCCAUACUGCCGGAGUCGUGUCUGGUGGCACCGGUAGUGUGGGAGGUCGAUGCUGAGCUCGAGCGGGCGUUACGCACCGACCCUAGUCCACCACAAUGCCCGGAGGGUCGGAAGUACGUUCCGCUCGAGGUUCGGGAUCGAUUGAUCUAUUGGGCUCACACGUCACCCUCCUCUGGACACCCGGGUAUCGGCCGGACAGUGCACUGUCUUUUAGUGCCAAGUACUGGUGGCCCACGUUGGCAAAGGAUGUGAGGGUUUAUGUUUCCUCCUGCUCGGUGUGCGCCCAGUGUAAGGCGCCUAGACAUCUGCCUAGGGGUAAGUUACUACCCCUGCCCGUUCCACAACAACCAUGGUCCCACCUCUCGGUGGAUUUCCUUACUGACCUUCCUCCUUCACAGGGGAAUACCACUAUACUGGUCGUUGUGGACCGGUUUUCUAAGGCCUGUCGUUUGCUCCCCAUGCCGGGCCUUCCUACCGCCCUGCAAACUGCCGUAGCCCUAUUCACCCAUGUGUUCCGGCACUACGGGGUACCCGAGGAUAUUGUGUCUGAUCGAGGUCCCCAAUUUACCUCCAGAGUCUGGAGAGCUUUUAUGGAGCGGUUGGGGGUCUCGGUGAGCCUCACCUCGGGUUACCACCUGGAGAGUAAUGGGCAGGUGGAACGUGUGAACCAGGAUGUGGGUAGGUUUCUUAGAACAUACUGCCAGGACCGGCCGGAGGAGUGGGCAAGGUACGUUCCCUGGGCCGAAAUGGCCCAGAAUUCCCUACGCCAUUCCUCCACUAACCUAACCCCUUUCCAAUGUGUGUUAGGUUACCAGCCGGUUCUGGCACCUUGGCAGCAGAGCCAGAUCGAGGCUCCUGCGGUGGAUGAGUGGGCGCGGCGCUCGGAGGAGACAUGGAACGCUGCACACGUCCACCUGCAGCGGGCCCUCCGACGUCAUAAGGCGAGCGCCGAUCUCCACCGCAGUGAGGGACCGGUGUACGCACCUGGUGAUCGAGUCUGGCUCUCUACCAGAAACCUGCCCCUCCGCCUGCCCUGUCGGAAACUGGGUCGGCGGUUUGUAGGGCCAUUUAAAGUCCUGGGAAGGUUGAACGAGGUGUGUUACAAAUUACAACUACCUGUUGAAUAUAAAAGUAUUAACCCCUCGUUCCAUGUGUCCCUUCUCAGGCCGGUGGUAGCUGGCCCACUCCAAGAAAGUGAGAUCAGGGAGACUCCUCCGCCCCCAUUGGACAUCGAGGGGGCACCGGCGUACUCCGUGAGGUCCAUCUUGGAUUCGAGACGUCGGAUGGGGGGUCUCCAAUAUCUAGUGGAGUGGGAGGGGUACGGUCCGGAGGAGCGGUGCUGGGUGCCGAGGAGAGACAUUUUGGACCCGUCUCUCCUGACGGAAUUCCAUCGUGGGCACCCGACGCACCCUGCUCCGCGUCCUCCGGGUCGUCCCCGAGGCCGGAGUCGGCGCACGUCUGGAGCCGCGCGUCAAGGGGGGGGUACUGUCACGGUUUCGGCCGAGGCUGCCUCUCUCCCUUGUUCGGGCAGGCUUCGGUGUUCGUUGUCUCCGGAAUACUAGCUGCCACCGUUGUAUGUUUCAUGUUCGUUUGCUUUUGUCUGUUUGUUGUGACACCUGUUCUCGUUUAGCGUAAUUAGUGUCCUAUAAGUUUCUCGUUGUGUUUGUCUAGUGUUGUGUGUUAUUGAUUUUGGUCUGUCGUGUGUUGGGCUUAUUUUCGCUAUUUCGCUCGGUUGAGCUUUCCUCCACUGCGUUGGAGUGUUACGCACCUGUUAGUGCGCUUUUUGUUUAUUCGCCUUCGUGCGUAAUUUUUGCCUUCGGGCAAGUCGUGUCAUAUUUUCCUGUUUGGAGAUUGACUAAAGUCUGUUGGACUAUCCUUCGGUGUUCUGCGUUUGAUUCCACCACUACACCCACCUACAGCACGCGUGACACUCUGUUAUCAUCCCCCUCUAGUAUUAUAUCUCAUCUCCCGUGCUCACUCAGUGAUUUGAUUGACAACUCACUGUGGAUGUCUCCAUAUCAUUUCAACUUACUGCCAAACCCCUCUUUUCAUCUAAAUGACCUUGUUUGUUCAUUGGUUCUAAUAAUAUGCCCCAAAUUGGCAGACUUUGGACAUUCAGAAAUAUCGCUGGGCUAAAUGUGAACAUUCAUAAAAUAAAUGGAUGCAUGUACAAAAUGAUUUGAUCCUGAUGAUUUUAUUGAAAUUCAGAUCAAUGAAAACAUGUGCACCUACCAUGGUUCUUAAAGAAAAAGGGUUAUAGGAAUGCUACAUACAGUGGGGAGAACAAGUAUUUGAUACACUGCCGAUUUUGCAGGUUUUCCUACUUACAAAGCAUGUAGAGGUCUGUAAUUUUUAUCAUAGGUACACUUCAACUGUGAGAGACGGAAUCUAAAACAAAAAUCCAGAAAAUCACAUUGUACAGACCUUCUCCAGAUCCUUCAGGUUUCGGGGCUGUCACUGGGCAAUACGGACUUUCAGCUCCCUCCAAAGAUUUUCUAUUGGGUUCAGGUCUGGAGACUGGCUAGGCCACUCCAGGACCUUGAGAUGCUUCUUACGGAGCCACACCUUAGUUGCCCUGGCUGUGUGUUUCGGGUCGUUGUCAUGCUGGAAGACCCAGCCACGACCCAUCUUCAAUGCUCUUACUGAGGGAAGGAGGUUGUUGGCCAAGAUCUCGCGAUACAUGGCCCCAUCCAUGCUCCCCUCAAUACGGUGCAGUCGUCCUGUCCCCUUUGCAGAAAAGCAUCCCCAAAGAAUGAUGUUUCCACCUCCAUGCUUCACAGUUGGGAUGGUGUUCUUGGGGUUGUACUCAUCCUUCUUCUUCCUCCAAACACGGCGAGUGGAGUUUAGACCAAAAAGCUCUGUUUUUGUCUCAUCAGACCAGAUGACCUUCUCCCAUUCCUCCUCUGGAUCAUCCAGAUGGUCAUUGGCAAACUUCAGACGGGGCUGGACAUGCGCUGGCUUGAGCAGGGGGACCUUGCGUGCGCUGCAGGAUUUUAAUCCAUGAUGGCGUAGUGUGUUACUAAUGGUUUUCUUUGAGACUGUGGUCCCAGCUCUCUUCAGGUCAUUGACCAGGUCCUGCCGUGUAAUUCUGGGCUGAUCACUCACCUUCCUCAUGAUCAUUGAUGCCCCAUGAGGUGAGAUCUUGCAUGGAGACCCAGACCGAGGGUGAUUGACCGUCAUCUUGAACUUCUUCAAUUUUCUAAUAAUUGCGCUUCUCACCAAGCUGCUUGCCUAUUGUCCUGUAGCCCAUCCCAGCCUUGUGCAGGUCUACAAUUGUAUCCCUGAUGUCCUUACACAGCUCUCUGGUCUUGGCCAUUGUGGAGAGGUUGGAGUCUGUUUGAUUGAGUGUGUCUUUCAUACAGGUAACAAGGUGUCUUUCAUACAGGUAACAAGUUCAAACAGGUGCAGUAAUACAGGUAAUGAGUGGAGAACUGGAGGGCUUCUUAAAGAAAAACUAACAGGUCUGUGAGAGCCGGAAUUCUUACUGGUUGGUAGGUGAUCAAAUACUUAUGUCAUGCAAUAAAAUGCAAAUGAAUUACUUAAAAAUCAUACAAUGUGAUUUUCUGGAUUUUUGUUUUAGAUUCUGUCUCUCACAGUUGAAGUGUACCUAUGAUAAAAAUUACAGACCUCUACAUGCUUUGUAAGUAGGAAAACCUGCAAAAUCGGCAGUGUAUCAAAUACUUGUUCUCCCCACUGUAGCUUCUCUUGGUGGGAGUAAGAUAAAGUUGGUAUUCUUUGAAAGCAAUGUAAAAGUAAUUCGUAAUAUUGAGUUGCCCCCCCCCCCCCCCCCCCCCCCCUUUAUUACUAAUGUGUUCCUAAUAUUUGGUAUACUCAGUGUAUAUCCGUUUUUUAUUUAUAAAAUGACUUUAUUAUGGGCUUAUACAGUACAUAGUUAUCCAGGAAAGAUUUUAAGUGUUUGCCUCUUGGAUGUUUAUUAUUAUUUUUAAUUUUUUACAUUGCUUUCAAAGAAUACCAUCUUUAUCUCACUCCCACCAAGAGAAGCUACAGUGGGGAGAACAAGUAUUUGAUACACUACCGAUUUUGCAGGUUUUCCUACUUAAAAUCUUUCCUGGAUAAUUAUGUACUGUAUAAGCCCAUAAUAAAGUCAUUUUAUAAAUAAAACACUGAUAUACACUGAGUAUACCAAAUAUUAGGAACACAUUCGUAAUAUUGAGUUGCCCCCCCCCCCCCCCCUUUUUCCCUCAGAACAGCCUCAAUUUGUCGGGGCAUAGACUCUAAAAGGAAUCGAAAGCGUUCCACAGGGAUGCUGGUCCAUGUUGACGCCAAUGAUUCCCACAGUUGUGUAAAGUUGUCUGGAUGUCUUUUGCGUGGUGGACCAUUCUUGAUACACAGAGGAAACGGUUGAGUGUGAAAGUCCCAGCAGCGUUGCAGUUCUUGACACAAACCGAUGCGCCUGGCACCUACUACCAUACCCCGUUCUAAGGCACUUACAUUUUGUGUCUUACCCAUUCACCCUCUGAAUGGCACACAUACACAAUCCAUGUCUCAAUUGUCUCAAGGCUUUAAAAUCCUUCUUUAACCUGUUUCCUCCCCUUCAUCUACACUGAUUGAAGUGGAUUUAACAAGUGACAUCAAUAAGGGAUCAUAGCUUUCACCUGGAUUCACCUGGUCAGUCUGACAUGGAAAGAGCAGGUGUUCUUAAUGUUUAUAUCUCAGAGAUAUACAGGUCCAGGUGCAAAUGUCAGGACUCUUGGUUUGUAUUAAUGUUUUUAGAACAGUGACAUUGUUAGUGGCAUGAAACAGCAUGGCUCUACAGCAAGGAAAGCCUGAGCUCCAGGGUUCCCAGUAGAGGGAGGAGAUCCAGGGCCAGAGGCCAAAUCUGCCAUGUGUCUGCCCCUGUCAAGAGGCCUGCCAACUGACCUGGCUCCCCCAGGGCUCCCCCUGUCCUGUCCUGUCGUGCCUGAUAAGAGAAAAUGGGAUUUCCACUGGCAGCUGCUCAACCGGCACCCUGGCUUAGACUCAUCAGAGGGAAAAUAAUGAAAGAGAGAGAUGGAGGUAUGUGAGGUAGGAAAUUAGAAGAGAGUGGGAAGGAGGAUAGAGAAAGGGCAUAGGAGGAGAUGGAGAGAAAAAGGGAAAUUGAAAAAUAGUAAAGUGGACCACGGUUGUUCCACUAUCACAGAUUACCUCCACACCUGACCAUGCUUGACCAUACAUAUGCCUAUACUGUACUUAAUGUUAUUCUCCUCCCCCUGCCUGUGAUCCUGCUUCCUGACAUUGAUCAUUCUCGUGGCCCUAGGCUCCUGCCAUUGCCUUUUGCUGUGCCCCUACCUAGGCUCCUGCCUUUGCUUCUGUCAUUGCCCCUGCUAUUGCCCAUUGCCGUGCCCCUACAGGCUCCUGCAAAUUUACCCUGCCGUUGCCCAUUGCCUUACCCAUACGUAGGCUCCUGCCAUUGUCCCUUGCUAUGCCCACUAAGGCUACUGCCAUACUCCUGCCCAAACCCAGUCCCUCCUAUCUUUUUAUAGCUGUGGGCUUUUCUUGUCAAUAGUCUGCACUCUGGGGUCUCUACCAAGGAUUUGAGACUCAGGGGGAAUCAGUCUGCCUACCCUCUCAGCCAGACUUUGAUUGUGUUACCGUCACUAACUGAAACUGUCUCAGCAAACCUCCUAAUCCUUCAACUCAAGAGGCAGAGGCAGGAUGGCCCUUGUGUGUUCAAUAAGGUUUCCCUGCCUAAAAUAUUCCAUACAACAAAAUAAUGUUUGUAGUCUCUCUGACUUUCUUUGAGUUCCCAUAGGUCCUCUAUUGUUUGAUCUCUGUGGUGCAUAAACAUUCAUUUAGUUAAAAAAGGAUUAGACUGGGUUUUCUCUGGGAAUGUGUUGAAAACAGAAUCCACUCCAAAUUCUGAAAAUAUUGUGUGUGUGUGCAUUAUUUUCUGUGUGGGUUUCUGUGUGUAUAGGGACCUGCGUAUGUGGGGAGUGUACAUGCUAUGAUGUGGAUCCAUCGGGGGACUGGGGUGACAUUCACGGAGACACCUGCGAGUGUGACGAGAGGAGCUGUCACGCAACCUACGACAGAUACUCUGAUGACUUCUGUUCAGGUGAGACAGGAUGGCAACUGGCUGUGUUCGCUUCAGUCUGAUACACUCAAAUGUAACGCAUUCUAUAUGUCACUUUAAUACAAUGUUAAUGCAAUGUCAACAUGUACUUACAUAGGGCAACUAUGAGGGCAAGCUAAUCUCGGUUACCCAGAAGUAAAAUUAUCAUGUGAUUAUGAACAAAAUGUAAUCAACUAACAACAUGGACACAAAAUAGACCAUUAUAUUACAUAAUCUUUGUCAUAGUAACCCAAAGAUCUUUGUGAGGGUUACAUGAACUUUAGAAACUGGAUACAUUCUGUUCUUGAUUAAAGUCCAGCUGAUUCAGCUUUAGAAAUUGGGCGUUGCGUGGAAUAAUACAGUUUGAGACAAGAAAAACACUCCACCCACUUCUGUUCUUCAGGAUUACCCUGAGAUCACAGACACAGGGCCAACACCAAAAACACUCUUCCAUCUGGUUCUAAUACAACAGUAAAACUUUAAAAAGUUAUGCUGUUUCAUAUGUAACUUUAGUAACUUAUUGGGCAAAUGUAAGGACUGAGGAAGCUCUCACUGUGCCUUCUAUUGGUGAUGAUAAAGUAUAUUCCUAUGAUUUGUUUUAACAAAAUAUAUUUGCAAUGGAACAGCUUUUCAUGUUUAUGGUGUUUUGUUUGUCAAAACGCAGUAAAUCUCUCCCUCUCAACACUAAAUUCUCCCUCAUCCUUUCCAGUGCCUUUUCCUCCCUCCCUCUGCCACUCGCUCCCCUCUUUCUCUAUUCCUCCCUUCCCCAACCCCAAAUCGCCCCAUCUACUCACACACUUUCUUCUACCUCAUCUUUCCACUAUUUUCCCUUUCUCCUCCCCAACCCCUUCAUCUUUACACUCUCCCUCCUCUCCCCCAGGACAUGGCCAGUGUAACUGUGGAAGGUGUGACUGUAAGGAAGGCUGGGCGGGGAAGAAAUGUGAGCACCCUCUGUCCUGCUCCUUGUCUCUGGAGAGCAGCCUGAAAAAGUGCAAGGGAACAUCUAACAUGCCCUGCUUCGGACGA